AUGCAGUUAAAGGAAGAUACGGUGAACAUGUCUAACGUUUUGCCAGAAUCUACCAUGACCACAGUUCAGAAUCUGCUGGAUGAUGAUGAUUUUAGUGAUGAGCCUGCUAUGAGUCCCUAUCAAAAUGAUGAUAAUACCAGCGAUGAGUACUACAAUUGUUUAGAUUUAUUUAUCAAGGGAGAGCCUAAGCAGUGUUUGGAAGCUAUGCUGAGCUGUGGCUUGCUAAAUGAAUCCCAGAUUUUUCAGAACAUGGACAGCGUGGAGUUAUUCAUUAAUGCAUGCUCUAGGGUAUCAGACUUGGCAACUCUAGGUAUAUCUUUGCAAAACAAGAUCAUACAGCUGUUUAUUUAUAGUGAGAUUCUAGAAUUUGUACGACGCAAUUCCCCAGCUGCAUCUGCCUUGGCGUUAAUUACAAAACUCCAUGGUAAUAUAAUUAGAGCUAUCGGGCUAAUGAGAGGAAGUAGAGAUGAACGUUAUCAAAUAAUAGCUGAUGAGAAAGAUGCAUUGAUCCAUGAUAUUGGAUUUCAUGUCAAGAAACGGACAAACGAGAGUAGGAGGCAAUAUAAUGUGGAAAUGUUGAUGCUUGCAGAAUUAUAUCUAUUUGAUGUCCAGAUACAGCUAGAGGGCAAGAAAAAAUCACCAAAAUUAUAUGAGGAUCUUUGUGACAAAGUAUUGCAAUUAAAGAGUGUCUUUGAUGAGACAGUGCUUGACGAAAAGCCACUUAGUCAGAUUAUAUUGGCUAAGUUGGAACAAAAGAAGGAUUCGGUAGAGAAAAAGAAGUCAUCUUCUCGAAAGAGUCUUAGAGAGAGUACAAAAGUGUUACAAGCAAUACCCACGCCGUCUGACGAGGUUCGAGAUCAAAUAAAGAUGGAUAACUUGGCAUUAUCUAAGGGAGCAUUCAGCUCUAUUACGAGUCACAUUCCCCAAAAAUGGUUAAAAGCUUUAACCACCCAAAAAUGGAUUUAUAAAAACAUGAAACAGCUCUCAUUGGUGCUAGUUGUAGCGGUUAUCUUACUGGUUAAAAGGUAUAGAAUGAUUACAAAAUGGUUUGGAGAGAUCCCUUCAACAUUAUCUCAAUUAAAACCUGCCAUAGUUGAAAUCCUACGCUUGCUAUCCAGCCUAUAG